AUGACGGAGUGGAAGAAUAUUAUUGUAAAUUAUGGAGGAUAUUGGAAUGAUAUUCUUUACAAUGGUGGGAGUGCAACAUUUUGUUACAUUCGAGCCGAUAAAAUAUGCAUUUUGGAGUUGAGACAAAGUAUUGACUAUUAUCUGGUUGCCAACUCUUUGAAUCCAAGCUACGAUCUAUAUUAUUUAUCAAGAACUCGAUGUGGUAGGCUGAUCCAGUCUCUGUUAAGCAACGAUGAACAACUUUUUCGAUUAUGCACCACUGAGGUCGAGCCACAGGUUUAUGUGACUUUGAAAGAGAGCACUUUUCCACCGCCGCAGCAAGAAGUGUAUCGACCUUCAGUGGAUAUACCUUUUUCUUCCACUUCAGUCGAUCAUUCCAUCAUAGACCAGAUGAGAGGGUUUGAUUGGUUUUCGGAUUCAACUCCUAAUUCAACCAUGAAUCAUCACACUAUGAGAUCUGUUGGGGAUGAUGACGUUGAUGAUGAUGAGUACGUCCCAUCAACAGAUUCUGAUGGGGAUGAUGAAGAGGAAGAAGAAGCAGAGGAGCGAGAGUCAGCUCGAGUCCAGGAGUUGAGGAAUUGGUUAGUUCCGGUUAUUCCAGAAGAUUUUACAGAGAAUCGUUUUGCUGGUAGACUUGCUGACAUACCAAAUCCCGACGAACUAACUGAAGGUUCGAUAUUCGAAAGCAAAGAACUUCUGAAGCUAGCUGUUGGCUUGUGGCAUUUGGAACAUCGAGCAGAAUUCAUCAUUCCUCGUUCCGACCUGGAUAGGAUUACUUUCAAAUGCAAAUAUCGGAAUCGGUGUCCAUUUCAGUUACGAGCCACUCAGCAGGGAUCUUUUUGGUUUAUUCGCAAGUUUGGGCCUGCGCAUACUUGCAUUGGGGACAUGGUAAACACUGGUGUGCGAAAGUUCCAUGCUCGAGUCAUCGCAGCACAUAUUGCAAAGAAAAUGCGUGAGGAUGGUGAAAUCGUGAAGCCGAUGACUAUUAUGGCCGACCUACAGCGGGAAUAUGGUGUGAAAAUCAGUUACAGUGUGGCAAUUCGAGCAAGAAAUGGUGCCGUUGAGAUGAUAUAUGGGGGGCACAAAGAAUCGUAUUCAUUGCUCCCUGCCUACUUACACAUGUUAAGGACGUGCAAUCCAGGAUCAUUGACAGACUUGGAAAUUGAUGCUAGUGGUCGGUUCAAGCACCUUUUUGUGGCACUAGGUUCAUGUAGACUGGCAUAUACUAUGUGCCUAAGGCCAGUAAUUGUGGUAGAUGGCACACACUUGAAGGGACGUAACAAAGGUAUAUUGUUUGUUGCAGUGACGAAGGAUGGCAACGAACAAGUCUUUCCCUUGGCAUUCGGUGUUGGGCCUAUAGAGAAUGAUGAAUCAUGGAUGUGGUUUUUGUCUCGACUGAAGUCAGCUUAUGGUGAGAAUUCAGAAAUGUUGAUUGUUUCUGAUGCACAUGUUAGUAUAGCGAAUGCUGUGAAAGCUGUAUAUCCGGAGGUUGCACAUGGUUUGUGUUACUACCAUCUGUUGAACAAACUCACUCGAUUUGGCAAGGCAGCAGUUGCACUAUAUCAGAAAGCAGCUUAUGCAUAUAGAGAAAGAGAGUUUGAUGCUGCGAUGGCAAGUUUAAAAGCUCUUAAGGAAGAAGGUGGAGCUUAUAGCAAAUUGAUGCAGGUUGGCCCGGAGAAAUGGUCAAGAUGUAAGUGUCCUGUUCCACGAUAUAGUUUCUUAACAUCAAAUAUUGCUGAAUCGUUCAAUUCUCGUUUAUUGUGGGCAAGAAGGUUGCCCAUAUGUUCCAUGGUUGAGGCAAUCCGUCGUAUCAUAGAAAAGUGGUUCGAUGAAAGACAUGAAGCCGCCAAGUCAUUUUCUGCUGAUGUGACACCGGAAGCUCUAAGCAAGCUAACUGUUGAAUUGGAAAGAUCAAGGAGAUAUGAGGUCGUUCUCAUGUCACGUACUGCUUUCAAGGUUAAGAGUUCUAACAAGACUUUUAAAGUGAACCUUGAAACGCAUUCAUGCACGUGUGUGGAGUGGGAUACGAACAGGCUACCAUGCUCGCAUGCAGUUUCAGCCAUAAGACAUACAGGUGAUGAUAUAUCUAAGCAUGUGGGGGAUUAUUAUCAGGCUGCAAAAUUGCGCGAGGCAUACUCGUAUCGAGUUAAUUCAGUGCCCCCACUAGCUUCAUGGACGAUUCCUGCAAACCUUCAAGGUAUUGCCAUUGAUCCGCCUAAAAUCGGUAAACAAGCUGGACGUCCAAAGAGCACGCGCCAUCGGGCACCAACUGAAAGAACUACAUCAAGACGAAGAAAUGAAUCAGAGAAUGCUGCUUCAGGUAGCAGUAGCCGUGGCCCUCUAACAUGUAGCUUGUGUGGAUCUGAAUCGCACACUAUUGACAUAUGUCCUUAUUUGAUUCCCCGUGACUGA